CUUUUGGAAAGGUUACAAGCGAUUUUGUCACGAUCGUAAGCCUUUAUCGUAAGCACGUUAUCUUCUCCAAGAACAUAUAAAGCAGCAGCCAUUCCGAGUUGGAUCGGCGUGUUCUCUGCUUCAUCAGUCGGUGAUCAUGCAGGCAGCUAUACUUCUCCUGUGUUGUCUGGCUCUCGUGGAUGGGAGUGUUCUAUGGACGCAUAAGGAAUUCGACUCGCAUAACUACCGCAAUGGUAUGCAUGCGCUAACCUCCAACGACUACGACCAUGGAUCUGGCUCCGUCGUCACUGACCCCGACGGAGGAAGCAACCACGUUUUGAAAGUCUGGUACGAGAAGGGCCGCUACAGUAGCCAUGGUCCGAAUGAGGGUGUCCAGUUCUUUGCAACACCGACAAGUCCUAGAACUGUAAUGACCUUCAGUUAUGACCUGUACUUUGACAAGAACUUUGACUUCCGGCGCGGAGGUAAACUACCGGGACUGUUUGGCGGAUGGACCAACUGUUCUGGCGGAAGACACUCCGACAACUGCUUCUCGACCAGAUUCAUGUGGAGGGCGGACGGAGAUGGAGAGGUGUACGGCUACAUCCCCGACUACCACCAUCAGGUGUCACAUUUCUGUGACCAUAAUGUCUGCAACUCCGUGAAAGGUUAUUCAAUGGGAAGAGGGAACUGGCGAUUUAAGCGAGGGUCUUGGCAGAACAUCGCGCAGUCGGUCCACCUGAACACUCCCGGGAAGACAGAUGGCUCCAUUAAAGUAUGGCACGACGGGAAGCUGGUGUAUACCAUCGACCAUCUUAACAUCCGGUCAAAGUCUCUCAAUAUUGAUGGCAUCUUCUUUGCAACAUUUUUCGGCGGCUCCGACAGUUCAUGGGCUCCGACGCGUGAUUGCUACUCCUACUUCAAGAACUUUGUCCUGUCUACCGACACUAGUCAUCCAACCAUCAUAGGAUAAUGUGAUAGUUGUCAUCGUUGUAGAAUAAAGAUCGUUGCUACGC